AUGAGCGCAGCGGUUGCCGCACCUCCAGCCCCGGCGGAAGUCGUCCCAUGGGAGCUGUUCAAAACAAAGAUGGACAAGGCGGGGCUCAGCGAAGCGGCACAGGGCGCCUUCAAGCUCAACUACGAGCAGCUCGUGCGCGGCGUGACGGGCCUGGUGCCGGAUAGGGACAUCGACUCCGUGCAGGAGCUGCCACGGCUGGAGGCCCUCAAAGCGUCGGCAGAGGAGGGGGCAGACAUCAAGGCAUGCCGCCGCCGCUGCUGCCGCGGCUGCCUGCACCCGGCAGACGUCCCUGGCCUGCUGCCUCCCGCCUGCUGCGCGGACCUGCUGAAGCAGACGGCGGUGCUGAAGCUCAACGGCGGGCUGGGCACCAGCAUGGGGUUGGAGAAGGCCAAGUCGCUGCUGGAGGUGAAGGGCGGGAAGACCUUCCUGGACCUGAUCGCAGAGCAGAUCAAGUACACUCGGCAGAAGUACG